AGGAAGAGAGCAGGGGGGAGCUGCUGGGUGUGAGGGUCGAAGCCAGCAAUCUGUCAGCAGAGCCACUGUGAAGCAGAAUCUGUAAGAAAGAAAUAAGAAAAUGUGUACAGGAUUAAGUGGAAAGAAAUAAGAUUUUUUGAGACUGGAGGAUAAAACAAAGAAGAAAGGACAGACCAGUACCAGAGAGGACAACAACCUGAAAGGAAACAACUGAAUUAAAAGCUGGAUGUGUAACAAACGUGACGUCACCUCAAGAGCAGGUGGAGUUUGAGGAAAUGGAAUGUUGGCUCUGCUGUUGGUGGAGUGCCCUUUGGAUGGUUGUCUUCCUGCUGAAAAAUGUCUCCACCAACUUGUCUUCACGCAUUAAAUACACACUCAGCCAAAGUGAAGUUGCUUUUGAUCAGGCCGUGAAAGACUGCUUUCCUGGUGUUCUGCCCAGCAUGGCCACCGAACAUGAGGUCCAGGAAAUCUUUCAGUUUCUCAACAAAUCAAAGCCCUUUCAGGCAAAUAUUACUGUCUGGGUUGGGCUAAGAAAACCUAAAUAUGAAUGCCUUAAUCCUUCAGUGCCCCUGAGAGGAUUCAAGUGGGUAGAGAAUAGCAGAAAGAAUAGCAGCCAGGAGUUGAGCGUAAUCAACUGGCUGGAGGAGCCAACUCUCACCUGUACAGAGGACUUAUGUGGAGCCCUCAAGCAACAGUCUGGCCAGUCAAAAGUUACUUUAGGUUUGAUCCCUGACAGCUGUAAAACGCCCUACCAGUUUAUCUGCAAAGUGAGGGAUAGACGUACAGGAACGUCAGUGGAAAGUAGUCGGACCACCAAUAGACCUGUUUCAGCAAAGCACCAAAUGAAGACAGCGUCAGCCAAAACAAGUUCAACAACAUUAAAACCCGACCCAACAACACUACAUCCUAACCUCCCAAUAGCAGGGCCAGAAUCUUGUGAGCAUUUCAAAAACCCAAAGCAUCCCAGCAUUCGUUCCCUUACUCCGGAUUCCAGUAACAGCAGCAAAGUCCAGGUGGAGUGUUGGUCCGAAGUAAAGAUAGACUUGCUUUGUUCAGGUGUUCCUGCCAUUUGGCGAGUGUUAGAUGGCUCCCCAGCUAAUUUCAGCAUCAUCUGCCUGCAGUGUGAAAAAGGCUUUCAGAAAGAUGAUUCAGGGCUCUGUGUUGACAUAGAUGAGUGUAGCACCAGGAACCCCUGUCAGCACACCUGCCUGAACACUGAGGGUUCCUACAGGUGUGUCUGUGCUGCUGACCAGGACUCUUCAUGUGAGGAAAUAUCCCCAGCAAAUAACAAGAACUCAUUGUCUCACAUUCUGAUCUGGCAGUUGUUGCUGUACUACUGGUUAUACUGGCAACUGUUGCAUUGGUGAAAUGCUGUUUAAAGAGGCGUGAGAAGAAGAGGAAGAGGAAGAGGACCAACCCAUAAAUAACAAGGAAUCCUACAAGGCCAUUUAAGACCUUUUAAAGAACAUUAUGUUUUUUUAACUUAAAACCUUCAUGAACAAAAAAACCUUCUUACUUAACAACUUUAGUGUUCUCCCCUAACAACUGAACUAAGCUAAAACCACACCAUGUUGUGUAUAUAUAUAUAUAUAUAUAUAUAUAUAUAUAUAUAUAUAUAUAUAUAUAUAUAUAUAUAUCAUGGACCUUAGUCCUUGAGAUGUGUUGUGAAUGGAUGCUUUAUAUAUGAACUGAAUUGAAUCUGAAUAAUUUUGAACAGUAGGAAAAAGAUCAGCACUCAGGUAAAUUCAUCUUUCAUUUGUGUGAUAUUCAUGUAAUAAAUAAAGAUUUGCUUUUAAAGUCUC